UCCUAUGUUGUAGUUUCCUUUGUGGGUUCUUUACCUUUAUAUAUGAAAGUGCAAGAGAAAGGCCAUCCUCGUGCAGUUGUAGCAAUUUUGAUGGUUUUUAAGAACAGGAAGAUGAAGUGCUGCAGAAUCCAGAUCUUAGCUCUUGUAUCACUGAUGCUUCUAUUCCCAGCCGCCAUUGAUGGUUGGGGCAUUGAUGGGCAUUACAUAGUUUGCACAAUUGCUCAGUCACGCUUGAACAAGGCAGCAGCAGAGAUAGUGGAAGAGUUGCUUCCAAAAUCUGCAGAGAAUGACUUGGGAAGUGUGUGUUCAUGGGCAGAUGGGGUCAAGUUUAGGUAUCCCUGGUCAAGAUCCCUCCAUUAUGUGAACACCCCUGAUGUUUGCAACUACAACUUCAAGAGGGAUUGCAAGGAUGAAAGUGAAGAGGAGGGUAGAUGCGUUGCAGGGGCAGUCAAAAAUUACACGCAGCAGUUGUUAACCAUUGACAGAAAUCGGCAGAACAACCUUACAGAGGCACUUCUAUUUUACUCCCAUUUUAUGGGAGACAUUCAUCAGCCUCUACACGCUGGUUUUGCUUCAGACAAGGGAGGGAAUACGAUUGAGGUUCAUUGGUAUACAAGAAAGCAAAAUCUUCACCAUAUAUGGGACAACAACAUAAUAGAGACAGCACAAGAAAGGUUCUACGAUUCAAAUAUCAAUGACAUGAUCGAUGCAAUUCAGACAAAUAUUACGACUGAAUGGGCAGAUCAAGUUAAGAGAUGGGAGCGCUGCAGUUAUACUGAUACAACAUGUGCAAACGUAUAUGCAUCUGAAGGCAUCAAAGCAGCCUGUGACUGGGCAUACAAAGGUGUGACUGAAGGUUCAGUUUUAGAAGAUGAAUAUUUCCUCUCCCGUUUACCAGUAGUCAACAUGCGGCUGGCGCAAGCUGGAGUUCGGUUGGCGGCCAUUCUCAACCAUUAUUUCAAGUGAUAGUACUAGUUUCUUCUAUACUUCAUUGGAUUAUAUACAGCAUGGCUGAUGUUUUAUACCACAGUAGUGAUCUGCCACUAUCGCUUAAACUAGGUUCUAGCCAUUGCUUCUGAAUGUAUAAAUUAUCAUUAUUCCAGUCAUCUAGCACUCUUUUUCCUUUGUAAAGCUGCUGCUCCACACAUUUAUUUUCACACUUGAUUAAAAGUAACUUU